ACUUAUAUAGAUUAUUAGAGAAUUUCUACAAUACAGUAAACUGUUUAGCGGUUACUAAAAUAAACAAUUUAUUUAUAAGAUGGCUAAAUCUCGAAAUGGAUUAACUGCUGUAGGAUUAUCCGUUCUAGGAACACUUUUUGUUUUAUUAGCUUUUUGUACUAAAAGUUGGUUGGUGACAGAUGGCAAGUUAGAACACCCAAAAUUUGAAAGAAUUGGAUUAUGGGUAGUUUGUUUUAAAGAUUUUGAAGAUAGUCAUCAUUGGUAUGAUACUAAGUUUGGCAACUGUUGGUGGGUAUUUGAAGAAGAAUACUACAUCAUAUAUGAUGUGCUAUUUAAAGGUUUUUAUAUUGCUGUACAAGUUUGGUUUUCUAUUUGUGUUCUUCUAACAAUUUGUGGAUUAUUUUACACAUCACUUUAUAUGUACUUGAAUAGAGCAGUAGAGCACUAUGUUAAAAUAUUAUUUACUGCUGGAGGACUUUACUUAGCUGCUGCAAUGUGUAGUACUAUUGCUUUGAUUAUGUUUGGAAUUCAUGGAGAUAGUAGAGUUUGGAUGCCUCAUUGGGAGCAUAAUGAUAUUGGUUGGAGUUAUGGAGUUGCAGUUGCAGGAACUAUUGCUUUUUAUGUUAGUGCAGUACUGUAUAUUAUUGAAGGACGUGUUCAUAAAAUUAAGCGUAAAAAGAUUGCUAUACAAAGAGCAAAUUAUGAUUAUGACAUAGAACCACAUAAACAAUCCUCUCACACUGCUAUAUAAACUAUAAUGUUAACUUAAAUUAUUAAAAAUUAUUUUCCUGGUUUAAUUGUACAAACUCUUAUAGACAUAAUUUUAUAAUUUAUAACAAUAAUUUGUAAUUGCAAUGACUUAUAUUGAAUCUAACAUUUAUAUGACACUAAUUAUUUUAGAAGAAAAAAAAGUUUCUUUUUUCUUUAUGUAUGUUAAAUUGAUAGUUAUUUCAAAUGUUAGUGCACAAUGAUUUAAGAUGUAUAGAAAAAUAGUAUUACAGUAUUAUUUUGUAAAAUCCUAAAUUAUGUAAAUUAGUUAAAAGUUAAAUUAUUUAAACUUAAAUAUAAAUAUUAAGUUUUGUGAAUCUCAAAAAUAUUUUUUAAAUGCUUGAAACAUUGUCCGUCCAAAAUUGUGACUGUAAUUUAGUAAAUAUUACUUUAAAAUCAUUAUUUGUAAUUUAUAUUUAUACUGUUAUAUAUUAUUAUAUGCUUAGUGAAAAUAAAUAUUUUAUUCU